GGGAACCUUGAUGAUUUGCAUUGAGUUAUUUUCUGUCUCGCUAAAACGUUUCGCUGAUCAUAAUUUGUCAAUGCUUUUCAGCGUCAGAUCACGGCAUAAUCUGCUGUGGCUUAGACGUGGCUCAGUAAUCAACCUUGAUGAGGAAUCACCAAAUUGCGCAACAUCACGUGAUAUGAUUCCAUUUCAAAGCGGCUCUUCGUGAUUCUCUCAAGAUCCAUGAGAAAGCGGAGGUCAAGAAGAAAAAACCAUAUAAACACAUCCAAACCUCAACAGCGCCAAGAUCACUCACAUCAACUGCCGAAACUAAAUCGACAUUCAUCUCACCGCAUCUCAAACUCUCCUCAAAAACUCUGCCGAUCAGUGUAGAUCAAUACCAGCAGAAAAACAAAAAUGGUGCAUCAUAUCACUUCAAACGAGGAGCUCCAAAAGCUCCUCUCAUCAACAACAUACGUCGCCGUCGACUUCUUCGCAGACUGGUGUCCACCCUGCAAAGCCAUCGCACCCGUCUACGAGCAACUCGCCACCAAGCACAGCGUUGACAAUGUCCUUGCCUUUGCAAAAGUCAACGUAGACCACGUCCAGGACGCAGCGCGCCAGUACGGCAUAACAGCCAUGCCUACGUUUCUGUUCUUCAAGGAGGGAAAACAAGUCGCUGUCAACGGCCAGGUUGAGAUCAAGGGUGCUGAUCCGAGGAGUCUGGGGGCUGCUGCUGAGAAGUUGGGGGGACUAGCGCAGAAGAGGAUUUCUGGCGCGUAGGAGGUUUCGGGGAUUUUACUCCUGGGGAGGGGAUCGGCCCGUGGCAUGUGCCUGGUUUGGAAUUAUUCUUUGGUCUUGCUUUGUUUAGCGUGUUGGCAGGAAUGCGGCCUCUUGUGGAGGGGAAAAGUUAAGCUGGGACGAUGCUUCGAGUAUGGCUAGUGACGAGCCAAGGGAAUAAGAAGAUAUCUGUUUCCGGAUAUGAUUGAGUUCAUGUGAAACGCGACUAUAGCACCAUUUCGGUCAUGUUGACUCAAUGACUUUGAGAAGAAUCAAUAGAGGAAUGCUAUGAAUCAAUGUAUGACGAUGAAUUAUUA